UUUUUCCAAAAAAGACAGAAGCUCACACAAUGGCAAACUUCUGGACCGUACUUGUCCUUUUCUUCAUGAUAACUUUUACAUCUAAUGUCUCAGGUUUGGUGGUAGUCACUUCCUGUGAUGCGUGCCAUAAGCAUGCCUCCUGUGCACCUGAAUCUCCCCCUCAAGCUGAUUCCGUCCCACCCACAUUCACCUGCUCCUGCACUGAGGGUUACUCUGGCAAUGGCAUCACUUGCUAUAACAUCUCGGCUUGUAGCGCACCCGGGGCCUCCUGCUGUCCUGAGGGGUACCGCUGGUCUGAAAACGGCUGUAUUGACAUUGACGAGUGUUCUGGUGAGAAGAAUCCCUGCAAUGCUCCACUACUGUGUAAAAAUAAACCCGGGUCUUUUGCCUGUCUGCCUCUGGAUGCUUUACCUAAAGAUACCAUGCUAAAUGUUGAGCAAGCCUCUACCCAGAUAAGCUGUGGGGGUGAAGUGUGCAGCUCAGAACAGGACUGCAUCACUGUAAAUGGAGCUCAGCGCUGUGCCGAUCCCUGCCAGCACUACACCAUUUUGGACAAUGCAUGGCGUUCAACUGCCUCAAAGACAACUACAUUACACUGUGAUACAGGCAUCAACUGGCAAGGCUGGUACAGGAUGUACCUGGGUAAUUCAAGUGUUCAGAUGCCUGAGAGGUGCAUCCAACCCAACACAUGUGGCACAAAUGCCCCUAUCUGGCUCAAGACGCCCCCUCCGUCACCAUCAGAAGGCGUGGUGCAGGCCACUGUGUGUGCAAGCUGGGUAACAGGCUGUUGUGGCAUUGAAUUCUCCAUCGGGGUCAAAGCCUGCCCUGGAAACUACUAUGUCUACAAGUUUGUCUCACCACCUCUGUGCUUCUUGGCAUAUGCAGCAGAUGCCAAUUCAACAGUGUGUGACACCUGCAAGACGGGAGAGUCCUGUAUCAGUGCAGACAAGAUCACCUGGACCUGCAAAGCUCAAGCUCCGGACCCAGUGCGUCUCGCUGGUGGCAAGAACAGAUGUGAGGGCAGGGUGGAGCUGUACCAUAAUGGUCAGUGGGGCACAGUGUGUGAUGACGGCUGGAAUAUGAAGAAUGCUGAGGUGGUGUGCAGGCAGAUAGGUUGUGGAAGGGCCAUUUCCGCACCCAUAAAUGCAUUCUUCGGUCCCGGGACAGGUCCUAUCUGGCUGGAUAAUACAGACUGCACAGGCACAGAGCCCUUCCUGGUAGACUGCAGGCACAAUGGCUUUGAAAAUCACAACUGUGGCCACCACGAGGAUGCUGGAGUGAUUUGUGAAGGUACAUCCCCUGAGCUGGUGUGUAACAGGACAACAAUGAUACUGGUAAUUCCAGACAAUUUCACAGUCUCCAGAUCCCUUGACCCUUCAUCAGGGCACAUGGCAGACCCAAGCUGCACAGCUGGGCUUGAGGUCAACGGCACGGUGUGGUACGAGGUGCAAAGCCAAGCGGGUGUGUGUGGAAAUGUGCUGAGGACAAACAAUACCCAUGCAACCUACUCCAAUAUUUUAUACCUCUACCCUGUAAAUGUCUCUACGUUCGCACUGCCCACGGCAUUCCCGUUCUCCUGCAUUUACCCCCUGGACUCUCUCACAAGCAUGGGUCUGGACCUGAAUCCCUUUCUGCCGGUGCAGGAGUUAGGUCUGGUUGGUGUCGGCCCCGGUGCCCAAGCCUCCAUGUUCCUGUUCCACAACGACAACUUCACAUCUCCGUACCCCCCCGGGCCUGUAACACUACCCGUCGGCACUCCACUCUAUGUGGGAAUGAGCGUGCAGGAGGUGGAGUCGACCCGCUUCAAUGUGGUUAUGGAGGAGUGCUAUAUCACAGAAACACCAGACGCCAAUAGCACUGAGAGAUAUUAUCUUAUUCAAAAUCGCUGUUCCAGUGACCCACGUAACGUGAUAGUGAAUGAGAACGGCAUGUCUCAGACUGCACGUUUCACUGCUCUGCUUUUCCUGUAUGAGGGCAACUAUAACGAGAUGUUUCUGCAGUGCCGCUUCAACCUGUGUGACAGGACAACAAACUCUUGCUCCACGAAGUGUCAGACCAGAGCCACUCGCUCCAUCUCCAACCACAUUUCUCUCACCGUCGGGCCAAUUAACUGGACCAAAGGAGGACAGUAAAGCUGACCUACACUGGAUCAUCUUAUUCAUGUUAAAUGUUCAUGUUUCUGUGGAUCAAAGUAUGCUUGAAAUAUCAGGGACACAUGUAAGUGUGUGAUUAAGUAGGGGAUACAGAUUAAUCUGCAGUGCUUUGGCACACAAGGGAUGGAAUUUGUAAUGUUCCAAUGUUGAAUAUUCAAAUCAUAAAUAAUUAGCCAAAGAUAUUAUAACAAUAAUGUGUUUAAAACAUGACCACAUUGGUAAAAGAUUAUUCCUUACUUUUGUAGAUUUACUUUUCUAAAAUAAAAACCACGUAAAUCCAAAUAAUGUAAUGUCCACAUAAUGAACAGAAUAAUGUGAGAAAAGAGAGAAGAAAGCACUAAUGCU